CGAAAAGAAACGUUUACAUAUCUCCAUCGUCUUUCAAAGUCGUCUGCUUCUCUAACAGAAGAAAACUUAGCCAAAAUGAAAUUCUUCGCCAUUGCACUUUUAUUGGUUGCACUCUGUGUUGCCAACAGUGAAGCGUUCUGGAAAAAGAGAUGCAAGCACUGUAAGUGGGGAUACGGCGGUGGUUACGGCGGCGGAUACGGAGGUGGAUAUGGCGGCGGAUACGGCGGUGGUUACGGCGGAGGUUACGGUGGUGGAUACGGUGCAGGUUACGGCGGCGGAUACGGGGCUGGAUACGGCGGCGGAUACGGGGCUGGAUACGGCGGCGGAUACGGCGGCGGGUAUGGCGGCGGUUACGGUGGCGGUUAUGGCGGUGGUUACGGUGGCGGUUACGGCGGUAGACAUGGCUGGAAAAAAUACUAAUCAAAGAAGGACUAUUGAAUUCCUUGCCUUAAGUCAAUAUGCUACCGGAAUACAGACACGCUCGCCUCAACAUGUUUGAUUUGCUGUACACAUCUCAAAUUUUUUUGUAAUAAAAACUUUUUUAUUCAAGCAUCAAA